GCUGCAGUUCAGCACGCUACAUGUGAGGACCGCGGCCACACUAAAGUGCCAUCUGGUUUCCCUGGCAACACUCUUCUGCUUGACAUGCGUGGAAACCAUUUCCAUUAUCUCCCUAGCAACAGUUUCCCUGGUGUCCCAGAGGUAGUGUCUCUUCACCUGGACAGCUGUAAGAUCCAUGAGAUCGAGGGUGGCGCCUUCCGGGGCAUGAAGGGGCUAAUGUAUCUCUACCUGUCUGACAACCAACUGUCCUCCCUGGACACAAAAACCUUUGAGGGUGCCCAUGAGGUCAUGUACCUUCACCUGGAAGGGAAUAAACUCACUCGGUUUCCUUCUUCAGAUACACUGGCUCACAUUCCCAAACUCCUCGAGCUGCAUCUGGAGAGAAACCUUCUAGCUAAACUAGAGCCUUCAGGGCUCCUUUCCUCGGUCCCUCAGCUGUCAGGCCUUUACCUCAAUAAUAACAUCAUCGCAUCCAUAGUGCCAAAAGCUCUGGAUCCGGCACCCAAGCUGGAUGUCCUUCAUCUUGAAGCUAAUGCGCUAACAGAAGUGCCGAGUGAUGCACUAGGCCAUACCCCUCUUUUGUCUGAGCUCCGCCUUUCAGGGAAUCCGAUUCGCUGGAUUGGGCCAAGAGCAUUUCGGGCGGUGGCUGAAAGUCUAAAGCACCUGCACAUUGAUAGAAUGAGUCUUCAGAAGGUAGAG